CAUGCCAUCUGGUGGUGAGAUGUUCCAUAUCCUCCAAGCAUCCCUACUGAACCCUUGCUCAUCCAUUCCGUCCUCCCUGGUGGCUUCUUGCUUGUAUAGCCUUGAGCGACUGAGAUAUAUCAAAUUCUUCUCAUCUAAUCCCUGGUGCUAACAAUACAUACUGAUUCAAUAGAUGUAUGUAACCAUGUCUAGGGCUACGUUAACAACUUAGUGCUAAACCACUCAGUGUAGUAGUAGUUCCCUUGUACAAUGCUUAGGUGGGAAGCAAAUUGUCAUGCACAAUUUUGUAGCAAAUACGAUAUUGUUCCUUUUGGUUAAAUUUAUUGACCAUUUCUCAGAAUCCAGCUCUUGUCUCUUUUGUAUCUUUCUAAUGUAUUCUUUGCGGUAACUUAGUUCGACACUAUAACUACUUACUACUCCCUUCAUUCUCAAAUAUAUGACAUUUAGGACAAGUUAUUUAAUUCAAAAUGAACUGAAUAACUUGUCCUAAACGUCAUAUAUUUGAGAAUGGAGGGAGUACCAGUUUAAAGAUGGAAACAGCCUAAAGGUAAACUGUACUCUCAGAUUCUAAUUCUUGAUGUUGUCACUCGAGAAGCAAGCUGGAAGUGCUUACUGACUGCAUUGUGCCAUGUUGCCCCUAGAGCAGCAAGCAGGAUCUGUAUAGUGACUGUGUUGUUUCUCAGGCAGGAUCAUGGCAAAGGUUUUACGAUCGGGGCGGGUCUUCGAUCUUCGCAUUUGCGUCAUCCAGUACUUCGAAAGGAAGUGGGUGCUUUUGCUACUGAUAAAUCUCUCUCAAACCAAGCUCCAUGUUUACGGUCAUCCCAGAACUGCAGACCCUGGAAAACCAGCUCGCAGGAGAAAAGGCUCGGGGUUCCUACUUCUUUUGGACUCAAGUUUCACCCUCUAAAGUAACCCUGCUCUAGCUAUACUCACUGCCAUGUUACUGUUCACGUGCUCCAUUUGAACCAUAUGGCUUGGCAAUGGUUCUCCAGUUCUCCUCUCUCUUUGACAUGCACGCCAGAACGAACAUAUAUAGAUAUCAACGAGAACGUCAGAAAUUCAUAGAUACUCUCUCCGUUCCAAAAUGUAGGUCGUUUUGUCUUUUCUAAAUUUAUAGUGUUUGUUAUGCACUUAAAUAUAACAUAUGUCUAGAUACAUAGCUAAAUAUAUAAAUCUAGAAAAGUCAAAACGAUCUACAUUUUAAAAUGGAGGGAGUAGAUGGGAAUGGGAUCAAAGCAUUAUUGAAUGGAGGGAGUAGAUGGGAAUGGGAUCAAAGCAUUAUUUUCUAGGUAAAUGGGAUAUGGGGUCCCCAGGCUUUAAGCUGGGUUCAUUCUAUGUAGUAGUGACAUUUUGCUUUUUAGGUUGUAUCAGCGAAUCUAAGGAUGUUAAAGCAAUGAAAAAUAGUGUUGCAUAGUACUGGUACCACCGGCUUUAGAGCCUAGAAUGACGACUCGGUGAGCGAAUUUGUCGAAGAGAAGAACCAACCAAGACACACGUGACGCGACCAGCAUAUCAUGGUACAAACUUUGCAAAAGCGCCUGGCGGGACGCGAGCUGGCGUAGCUGCUACCCACGCCAUUAAUUCUCGCCGCUCCACACAAAGGUCACCCCAUUCACACAGCAAAGAAAACCGCAAGCAAAGCUUAGCUAAACAGAAACCCACAGAACAGGAAAGGUGGGGAGGAAGAAGAAAACACCAAAAUAUUCCCCUCUCAUCAGGGCAGGCAACCGCAGCGCCCCCGUCCCUGUCCUCCCGUCGUCAUCCAUCUCCCACUCACUCCCCACUCUUACCACUGCUCCUCCACUGGCGAGAUGGGGCGAGGCUCGGGCGCCGCUCCCGUCUCGCCGGGCCUCGCGCUUGAGGCCGCGGUGCUGGCGCUGCUCGCGGCCGCGGCGGCGCUGCCUUCCCCGGCGGCCGGGGUCAACGUGACGGCCGUGCUCUCGGCGUUCCCCAACUUCGCCGACUUCGCGCGCCUGCUGGCGUCCACCCCCGUGGCCGGGGAGCUGGCAGGGAGGUCGUCGCUGACGCUGCUGGCCGUGCCGAAUGCCAACCUGCCGCAGUCGCCCUCGGCGUUCGCGGCCGGCGCCGGCGCCGGCGCCGACAUCGCCGACGUGCUGCGGUACCACGUCCUGCUUGAGUACCUCUCCCCGUCCGACCUCGCUCGCCUCCCGGCGUCCGGGAAGCUCGUGACGACGCUGUUCCAGACCACGGGCCGCGCUCCCUCCGACCUCGGCGCCGUCAACCUCACCGCGGGGACAAACUCCACCGUCGUGGUCCGCUCGCCGGCGCCGUCCCCGGGGUCGAACGCCACCGUCCUCGGCGCCGUGACCGCGGUGCCGUACAACCUCAGCGUGCUCGCGGUGGGUGGCCUCAUCGUCCCCUCCGGAUUCGACCUCGCGGCCUCCGAGAGCCGUCCGGCCCCGCCGGUGAACAUCACCCGGGUCCUCACCGACGCGCGGGGAUUCAACGUGGCGGCCUCCAUGCUGCAGGCUUCCGGUGUGGCGAGCGAGUUUGAGGCCGACGAGCACGGCGCUGGCAUCACAGUCUUCGUGCCCACCGACGACGCCUUUGCCGGCCUCCCCGCUACCGACCGCCUCCAGUCCCUCCCCGCAGAGCGCAAGGCCGUUGUGCUCCGCUUCCACGUCCUGCACUCCUACUACCCGCUCGGCUCCCUCGAGUCCAUCGUGAACCCCGUCCAGCCGACGCUCGCGACUGAGUACACCGAGGCUGGCCGCUUCACCCUAAACAUAACCCGUGUCAAUGGCUCCAUCGCCAUUGACACCGGCGUCGUGCAGGCAUCCAUCACCAGAACAGUGUUCGACCAAAACCCUGUGUCAGUCUUCGCCGUCUCCAAGGUUCUACUGCCCAAGGAAAUGUUCAGCCGGGGGGAUUCUGACAGCACUACCAUGGCACCACCUUCAGCCGCAAUGGCACCCGGCAAUGCGGGGAAUGAACAGACACCACCGACAAGGCUUUCAUCCCCGCCUGACCUGCACGGCGAGGAUAGUGAGUCGUCAGCUGCUUUGACGACAGCAAAGGGGGCUUCUUGGUGGUGUAUAGGAUUGAUGUAUCUACAGCUGCAUCUGUUACUCUCUCUGUAUUUACAGCUUCAGAAUCUGAACAUUUCUCCCAUGUCUCUAUUGACUUGGAAGAUGUGAAAGGAGACAUGCCACAUGCUAAAAAAUCUUGGGUAAAGCAAAAGACUGGAGCAACUUCAAGUGAUCCAAACUGGUAGGACAGGUUUGAUGUCAGUGGAGACUUUUUGUUCGAUGCAGCUGUGGAAGUUAGCCUGUGGCUUUGCGAUCACAUGUUAGCUCCUCAUGUAUAUUAUUGUACUUUCUGUUUUCUGAUAUUAUUAGCUACGUAAGAAGGUAAAAAUAAAGAGGUAUUAGUGAAGUAUAUAGCCAUAUGCUGCAAUAACAUAGGUAGCACUACCAGCUAGCUUCAGAAAUUUAGUUAAUCCUUGCUAUAUGUAUUGAUCUGAUAACCAGAGGAGGAAAAUUUAACUAACAGAAGCUGACGAGAUACUUCCAGAAUUUCUGGUUAUUUUGACAGGUGAGUUACCACGAGCCACUGGUUAUGAGGUCUGAUCUGUGGGCCCUUCCAGCACAUCCCUUUUGGUUAACUUGAUAUUUUUUUUCUAGUGGAGACCGUGCUCUUUAUAGGCUUGCUGAUACUAGUCGGAUUAUGUCUUUGACAGUUCCCGGCAUGACAAUCUUGCAAACCUGUAGGUGGUGAACAAUCAGUAAUUCUGCUUUGAUUCUGCUGUUAAUCUGUAUCUAGCAGACUCGCACCAUCA